GUCAUUAUUAAUACGUGACGAAACUGUAGCUCUGAAAUAAAUAUAUUAACAAAACAAAUAAAUAUUCUCAACCAAUCAUAACCUCGUAUUUGUUUUUGUUUCCAUUUAAAUUUUAUUUUGACUCGACUUUUACACGCAUGCCACGUGGUCAACCAAAACGUAUGACAAACUCUACUUCUCCACCGUCACAAUCAUCUCCUGGCCCCCUCUAGAUCUCUCUCUCUUUUCCUCCUUAGAUUAAAAUUUCUCCAGGUUUCUUGGCGUUACUGUGUGAAAAAUUCUUCUUCUUCUUCUUCUCAGCGAUUGAAUCGAACCAAGAGCGAAAAUGAGAAAUUUCAGUGUCUUCGAGAGAUUCUCUAAAGCUUUUAAAGAUCAUCCUUCUCUCACCAGGAUUCUCGUCGUCUCCACGAUCAGUGGUGGUGGACUUAUAGCGUAUUCUGAGGCAAACGCAUCUUAUGGAGCAAAUGGUGGUGCUGUUGUUGAAACUGGAACCAAGAAGAAGAAGGUGGUGCUGCUCGGAACUGGAUGGGCUGGAACUAGUUUCUUGAAGAAUUUGAACAAUUCUCAAUAUGAGGUUCAGAUUAUAUCGCCUCGGAACUACUUUGCUUUCACUCCUUUACUACCUAGUGUUACUUGUGGAACUGUUGAAGCUCGUAGUGUUGUUGAGCCUAUUCGAAACAUUGGAAGAAAGAAUGUUGAUACUUCUUACUUGGAGGCAGAAUGUUUCAAAAUUGAUCCAGCUAGCAAGAAGGUUUACUGCCGAUCCAAACAAGGCCUUAGUUCAAAUGGAAAGAAAGAAUUUUCUGUUGACUAUGACUACCUUGUAAUUGCUACUGGAGCUCAGUCUAACACCUUUAACAUACCCGGAGUGGAGGAGAACUGUCAUUUUCUGAAAGAGGUUGAAGAUGCUCAGAGAAUCCGUAAAACUGUAAUUGAUUCCUUUGAGAAGGCAAGUCUACCAGAACUAAGCGAUGAAGAGAGAAAGAGAAUCCUGCAUUUUGUGGUUGUUGGUGGUGGGCCAACAGGUGUUGAGUUUGCCGCUGAGCUACAUGAUUUUGUUACUGAGGAUCUAGUCAGUCUCUAUCCUAGAGCCAAGGGUUCAGUGCGAAUCACGCUUCUGGAGGCCGCAGACCACAUCCUGACCAUGUUUGACAAGAGAAUCACUGAGUUUGCCGAAGAAAAGUUUAGCAGAGAUGGAAUUGAUGUGAAACUUGGCUCGAUGGUAACUAAAGUGAAUGAGAAAGAUAUAUCUGCUAAAACCAAAGGAGGAGAGGUUUCCUCGAUUCCUUAUGGAAUGAUUGUCUGGUCAACUGGUAUUGGAACUCGUCCUGUGAUAAAAGAUUUUAUGAAACAAAUUGGUCAGGGUAAUAGACGAGCUCUGGCAACUGAUGAAUGGCUUCGCGUAGAAGGAACUGAUAAUAUAUAUGCCCUUGGUGAUUGCGCAACCAUUAACCAGCGCAAAGUCAUGGAAGAUGUUUCUGCUAUUUUUAGCAAAGCAGACAAAGACAAGUCUGGGACACUGACUCUCAAAGAGUUCCAAGAAGCAAUGGAUGACAUUUGUGUUAGAUACCCUCAAGUGGAGCUCUACUUGAAGAGUAAACGUAUGCGUGGCAUUGCAGAUCUUCUUAAAGAAGCCGAAACUGAUGAUGUAUCUAAGAAUAACAUUGAACUGAAGAUCGAAGAGUUCAAAUCGGCUCUAUCUCAGGUUGACUCACAAGUGAAGUUUCUUCCAGCUACUGCACAGGUUGCUGCGCAGCAAGGUGCUUACCUAGCUAAAUGCUUUGACCGUAUGGAAGAGUGUGAGAAGAGUCCAGAAGGUCCCAUUAGGAUGAGAGGAGAAGGUCGUCACCGUUUCCGCCCCUUCAGGUAUAGGCAUCUGGGACAAUUUGCACCACUGGGAGGGGAGCAAACGGCAGCACAACUUCCAGGAGAUUGGGUUUCUAUUGGACACAGCAGCCAGUGGCUCUGGUACUCCGUCUACGCCAGUAAGCAAGUGAGCUGGCGUACGAGAGUGCUUGUGGUUUCAGAUUGGAUGAGGCGUUUCAUCUUUGGUAGAGAUUCCAGUAGCAUCUGAUUUUCAACCUCCAAGGCUCCAAUACACAUAUCUCUCUCUCUCACGAGUUACACUAACUUUCUCAUGAGGAAAAAGUUUUGAUUCACUUUAAAAAAUGGAAAUCCAAAUCGGCUUUUAUAUUUUGUAAUAAAAUAAUGACCACAAGUAACGAGGAGAGAUUGCCUCGUUUCGUUGGCCAUAUCGUUGCUGAUCCCGAGGAUUGUACUCUCUGUUUUUCUCUGCAAAUAUUCUUCAGGUUGGCUUUUUACCUUUAUAUCCUCUUUUUUUGUAAGCUUUUUCCUCAAAUUUUGUUUAGUACGAUGACUAAAACUGAGUUUUGUUAUUUCUUGCUCUCUGUUUUUCUCCUUCAAUAUCAUGGUCUUUUUUUCUUUUCAAAA